AUGGACAACCCCACCUUAACUACUGACUCUGGGGAGCCGGCGAAGCCUAUAAUGCCUAUUAGGACGAAGGCCGCCUGCAAAUUUUACCCACCCAACCUUUUUUUGAACAAGGGUGCCAAGACCACCAAGCGAGGGAAACGCGCCCAGAGGGGCAAGAAGGAUGCGGGAGAUGUCGCUCAACCUGCUGCUAAGAAAACCAAGAAAUCAACAGUGGCCGAGCCACCCGUGCUGAAAGAGUCACCCACAGCACCUGCAGCACCCGCAGCCGCAGCAUCUGUGGCACCCGCAGCCGCAGCAUCUGUGGCACCCGCAGCCGCAGCAUCUGUGGCACCCGCAGCCGCAACAUCUGUGGCACCCGCAGCCGCCGCAGCAGCCGCAGCAGCCGCAGCACCUGCAGCACCACCAGCAGAAUCAGCAGCUCUGGCCGUAGAAGAGGUACCAGUGGCCAGGGUGGAGGAGGCACCGGUGGCCAAGGCGGAGGAGGCACCGGUGGCCAAGGCGGAGGAGGCACCGGUGGCCAAGGCGGAGGAGGCACCGGUGGCCAAGGUGGAGGAGGCACCGGUGGCCAAGGUGGAGGAGGCACCGGUGGCCAAGGCGGAGGAGGCACCGGUGGCCAAGGCGGAGGAGGCACCGGUUGCCAAGGCGGAGGAGGCACCGGUGGCCAAGGCGGAGGAGGCACCGGUGGCCAAGGUGGAGGAGGCACCGGUGGCCAAGGUGGAGGAGGCACCGGUGGCCAAGGUGGAGGAGGCACCGGUGGCCAAGGUGGAGGAGGCACCGGUGGCCAAGGUGGAGGAGGCACUGGUGGCCAAGGUGGAGGAGGCACUGGUGGCCAAGGUGGAGGAGGCACCAAUGGCCAUAGUGGAGGAGGCACUGGUAGCCGUAGCGGAGGAUACACCAAUGGCUAUGGUGGAGGAGGCACUGGUUGCCAUGGCGGAGGAUACACCAAUGGCCGUAGUGGAGGAGGCACUGGUAGCCGUAGCGGAGGAUACACCAAUGGCCAUAGUGGAGGAGGCACUGGUAGCUGUGGCGGAGGAUACACCAAUGGCUAUGGUGGAGGAGCCACCAGUAGCCGAAGAGAAGGCAGUGGGGAAGCCCCUCGAAGAGGAACCGAAUGUCGAAGCAGUCACUUCAACAACUACUGCUCUGGUCGAGGCAGAUAGCCAAUAA